UCCUUUGAACUUUUCUGCAUGAGUUUGUCGCCGAGUUUAUUUAUUUAUAUUCUCUUGUGCCGUUCCUGUUCCUCCAUCUCGAUGUGGAUUUCGUGCUUUCUUUUUGUACAUCUCCUUUUGACACAGUGUUCAAUUAAUUGAGCCACCCGUUUGACCUCCACUUGGUUGUUCGAUUCUAGUUUUUUUGCCCGCCUUCUUCCCGACUGCACUUGAAACAAAGGGAUUCUUCUCCAUGCGGAGAUGCGAAGGGGAUAAACUGCAUAAAUCAACGCCGCUGCCAAAGCCAAAGCCAAGAGCAACAAUAACUGGAAGCAAUUAAUUUUAUUCAAACAAGAGCAACAAUAAGGACGACGACAAAAAAAUGGAUUACGGCUGGCUGAUGUUUCUGUUCAUCGCACUUUUAAUUGACUACCCCAUAGCAAAUGCCUUGUUUGUGACGGAUAUUAGUGUGCCCGAGAUUGUUGAUUUCCGGGACAAUGUGACCUUAUCUUGCAGCUACGAUAUGCGUGGUCACACGCUAAACUCGGUGAAGUGGUACAAGGAUCACGAGGAGUUCUUUAGAUAUUCCCCCCUGGCGAGUCCGAUUUACAUGACGUUCGGAGUGCCCGGACUGCAAGUGCUGGACGGGAAAUACGUAUGCAACGAAUCGAGUUGCAGGCUUGAUUUGAGUUUACAGGGCGCCAAGUCUACGGGUCUCUACAAGUGCGAAGUUAGCGGCGAUGCCCCUCAUUUUAAACUUGCGGAUAAGGCGGACAACAUGACGGUGGCAGCUUUGCCCCAGAUCGACCCGCUAAUAGAGAGCUUCAACUCAAUGUACCGCAUGGAGGAGUUUCUCAGCGCCACCUGCUCCUCUGAUUACUCCAGUCUGCCCACACGGCUCACCUGGUACAUCAACGGCGAACAGCCUCUGCUGGGUGAAUUGCAUCCCACAACCGACACUAGUAUUCCGGCCCACGAUUAUGUUCUGCGACGCCAGCGGCUUCAGGUGCACUUCUAUUUGCAAGGACAGCGCUUUUUCCAGGCUGGGAAAAUCCUGGAGCUCAAGUGCGUGGCGGAAAUUGAGAAUUAUCCGGAGCUGAGGCGCGAAAAGACACUGAGUGCGUCGCUAUCGCAGUUCGACAAUUUCAACAAUCAAAUGCCGCUGAGACAUGCGAAUGCAAACUCUGGCGCGGCACAAAGGAGCAGCCUCUGCGGCAGGACAUCACUAAUUUCCGCAACCCUGGCAGCAAUUCUAUUAAUUCACAGUUUGCGGCGCCCUUCAUGAACACUGACAUCUAACAGAGAAUCGGAAUCGGAGGAGAACUAAACUCUCCGUAUUCGGAAUGGAAUGUGCCGCGUAUGGCAACUUUGUCAACUAUAUCAUCACGUUAGUUAGUCAGUCAGUUAAUCACCUAGUUAGUUAGUUAGGGUAACAGACAAAGGUAAGACCGCAAAUUAGUGAAUAGGGAAAGCUUUUGGGUUGAUAAUUGUAAAUAAUGUUUAGAGAGUAAGGAACGAAAUGUUGAAGAUUAUAGAUGCUCAAGGAAUAAGAAAAGAAGAACCUUUUUGCUGUUUUUCAUUAAUUACAAAUGUGUUUUAACUCAUUUCUGAUAAAAUAAAUUUUAAUGAACCAAGUU